GCUGCCAUCUUUAGUUUUCGAUGGAUGUUUUCCGUAGAGAUCGCGAAUAUCUCGCUAUUUAUCGCGGUAAAUAAUAAAUCAAUUAAACUGAUAAAAUAACGGUCGAGUUUAUCGCGAUGUAACGAGUGUAAUAGAGUUCAGUAAUAAAGCUGCCCCGGUGUUAUUAGUCACAAAAAAUGAUUGUGUUUACAUUCAAGUUUGAAGUGAGCUUCUGUAUUCCUGUCACAUUAAGCAUAUGGUCGAAAGUUCUCAAAUAGCGCAGGAGGUUUAUCGGAUCGGCGGGUCGGAAGGGGCUGUUAAGGAUACGGAGUCGAGGAGGAUAUCGUCGGUGGGAAGGGCCCCGAUCAUCUCGGGGUUGGAAUUUCGAUCAGCAACGCAUCGUCAAAGGCCUUCAAGACGUCGACCCCGUCGGUUAUCAAGUUAACGGGGGCUGGUGGGCCGGUUGGAGGAGGAAGAGGAAGUGGGAGCGGUGGCGCAGUAUCGAGUGAAGAAAAGUUGUCUGGCGGAGGGCAAAGUUGCGGGGGAUCGACGGGUUCGUCAGGAGGAGUAGCGAUAGUGGUACCAGCGAUUGGUACGGCAGUUUCGAGCGUUGUAACUCGUGACAAGUGCAUCGGUAGCAGCGAUGCUGCCAAUUUAUCGGACAAUAUUAACGUCACGGUCACAGGAAGCAACGUUAUCGACUACGCCGUUGCGAAACCGGCGGAGGCGACCAGUAUGAGUUUCGUUUUACAGUUGGAGAGCAAUGCCGACGAGCGGGAUCACAAAAAUGUUAAUAUUCCGAGCAACGAUUCGAAGGGAAGGACGAGCUCGAGCGCGGAAGUCGUGCCGACGUCGGCGACGUCUUCCUCAUCGUUAUCGUCAACGUCAGCAGCGGUGUUACAAAUAGCGCGGGAUACAACAACGGUGGUUGAGACUAGCGCUUGUUUGUCCGGCGGCAAAUUGCCAGUAGUUUAUCCGGGCAGCAAUCAGCAAUCGAGAAUCAGUCAGAUUUUACAGAAUCCUAAAAAUCUAGCGAUUCCGACGUGCAACAAUGCAGGCACGGCUGUCCUAACCGGCGGAGUUUCCAGUAACAAUAAUAAGCAGUCGGGACAAGCGACGCUCGUUUAUUCCGCGGGCAGAACGGCCAAGGAAGUCCCGAAAGUCGCGUGUCAACAAACAACGAACACGACUCAGGCGCUGACGACGCGCGUCGUCUCACAAAAGUUGCCGACCGGUGGAAAUAUUCAGCAAUUCGUCAAUGCUAAUGCGAGCUCCUGCAUCAACGCUGUCGUCAACAGCGCUGUCAUAUCCUCCACGAAUUCGCUGUCCGUUGGAGGGAACGUCUGUCAAAGCGGCAUGAAGGCCACGCUGACACCGACCGGCAACAAUCUCGUAUGCCCUUCGCUGAGCCAGGCUCAGAUUGCCGCCGCCGUAUGUACGCAAAAUUCCAAUCAAUCGGUCAAGCUGACCAGCGCUAAUUUCGAAACUUUACAAUGUAACAAAAGUUCCCAACAGCAAACGACGAUGGCGACCCUAACUGCGGUAACUCAAGGCUCAGGGGUGCAGCAGAAAUUGCAACAAGUGCCGGUACAACACGUGGUCGGUAGCCUCGCCGGAAUAAAAUCAAUCAACGCUAUCGGCUCGUUGCAGAAUAUUCACAGGAUACAGGUGAAAACUGCUCAGGGCGUGCCGAUAACAGGUGCUUUGGCUGGAUCCCAAACGAUGAAUUUUCAAAAGCUCAAAAGUAUCAGUGGCCCUCCGAACAAUCAACAGGUUAACGUCCAGCGAACACCAGUUUCUCGUGUACUCACGCAAACUAAAUCGCAACAAGCGUCGCUCACUUCUUCGGCUCAAUCCACCAGUCAACAAAUCACCAUGAACCAGGCAAUGAGCAACGCGAGUAUGCAGCGAGUUCAACAGUUACCCGCGGUUCAGGGAAAAACCGUUGUGAACAAAUCUUCGAAUCAACCGCAGCAGCAGCAACAGCAGCAGCAGCAGCAACAACAAAUAUUUACGAAUCAAAAAGUUGUGCAGGGACAAAUUUUAAUGAACGCAUCGAACCAUUCGAAUCAGAAAUUACACCAGGUCCCACCGGUACAACAAAUCUCGUCUCAGCAACAAACAACGAGCCAACAGCAACAAGUCAGUCAGCCUCAACAGAUUAAUCAACAGACUCAAGUUAUUCAACACAAGUUGCCGCCUGUUUUGCCUCAGAAAACACAGGUCGUUCAAAAGCAGCAGCAACAUUUACUCGUCGGUGCUCUCAACAACGUCCAAAAAUCUUCUGUCCCAGCUGUGCCGAGCUCAACCCCGAAAAACAAUGUUGCUCAACCAGGUUUACCUGCCCACAUGACGAAUCAGCAACCGGUGCAGAAACACGCCGGAGUUGCACAAAACGCAGCGCAGCAGUCGAGGCCACAGGGAGUUGCGGCUAAUUCUCAAAAGUCUCAAUCAACGCCUGUUCAGCGCGUUGGCACAGCUCAGACAACUGUUGUCACCAAUGUUCCACAAAAAGCUGGCCCGAUUACGAAUUUGCCCGGCGGUAAUCAAAGAAAUCAGAGCAUUGGCGGUACCAAAAUUCAACAGCCCCAGCAACAGCAGCAACAAAUGAUAAUGAGAGUCGGGCCAACGAAAAAUCCCCAAAAUAUGAAUGCCGGCAGUUUGAAAAACAUCUCACAAAAAACGACCAACAUCGUUAAGGCCGGAAACCAACCGGGUGUCGUCCAAGCUACCCCGAAUCGAAACUUGAAUGCCCAAACCUUGAAAAUCAUUCAGCAGUCCCAGCAAAAUCAACAGUUGCAGCAACAAGCUCUCCACGUCGCACAGCCCCCACAGCAACAACAGCAACAAUGUUCUGUGAUGCCAGGAGGCCAACCGAUUCCCCAAAAAUUACCAGGUUGCAUAAAAACUAUACCCCCACAAAAACCACCGACCCAGCGAAACAACGCGCAACAGAAAAUCACCGGUAUUAAAACUUCACUCAACACCAAUAUGAGCGCUCUCAAAGUCCAGUCCCAAAAUGUUACGAUGCCCCAAAAAUCGACCAUCAGGACGCUUCUGCCUCAACAACAAUCAGCUGUCGCUAAUAUGAUGCUUCACAAGAAUCAAACUGUCAAAAUACAGCAGCAAAAUAUUCAACAAAAACAAAUGAUCCUGGCGCCUCAGUAUUCUCAACAAAUACGGCCGCAGACCGGACAAAUUAAAACUUUGGUACCGGUCACAACGACGGAGUCUCGAAAGGAAUUGGACAUCAAAAACGAAAUGGAAUCUCACUCUGCGAAGGACGAGGACAUCCAAUCACAGGCGCUGCAGUCGCCCGUACGAAGGAUGCCCUUGCCGUAUGAGUGUCUCCAGUUUGUCCUACAAGACCACAACUACGGUGCACCACCUCCGAGAACACCGCCACCCGCGUCACCGCCACCUCAUCCGAAGCAACAACCGAUAAACGGUGCGGGUGCAUCGACUGUGACACUGCAACAUCCUUUUAUCUACUCGCAAGCUGUAAGUGGCAGUAACGCAGUGGACGAUGCAGCGAGUGCGAUCAGUAGCGAAGCAGGUCGAGAGGCCGAACCGGAGGGCGAAGAGACGGAAACAGCACCGGAAGGCGAGGGUGAUGAUGAGGACAGUGUGACUCGCUGCAUAUGUGAAUUCGAGCACGAUGACGGUUACAUGAUUUGCUGCGAUCGCUGCCUUGUAUGGCAGCACGUGGAUUGCAUGGGAAUAGAUCGAUCGAACAUUCCGGAAGAAUAUCUAUGCGAGAUAUGUCGACCCCGCCGAGUGGACCGUCAACGAGCACGAGGUUUGCAGAUGCGAAAGCGAGAGGAGCUUCUGAAUUCGGACACGUCAUCGGACGCUUCAUCGACGAGUUCUGCGGACACGGAUGUCGCGGUGAACACUGGCCCGAAAAAGCGUAACGUUCAGCAACACCAGCAGCAGCAACAACAGCAACAAGCGCAACAGCAACAUCAGCAACAACAACAACAGCAGCAGCAGCAGCAGCAACAACAACAAACGCAGCAACAGCAGCAGCAGCAACAACAACAACAACAAGCGCACCAACAUCAACAACAGCAGCAACAAGUGGCACGAAGAAAAUCUGAUCCACCACCUCAGUUGCGUCGAUUGAACAAUAACAACAACAAUAAUAACAAUAACGUUGCCAAGCGACAAAGACGCGAGCAAAAUCCUCGGCAAACGAGCGCUGUGCGUAAGAAAGAAACGGCUAAACGUGGCCCCGGUAAACGAAAAGUCAAGAGACGCAUGAGCCUCGACGAUCGAGAAGAAGAAACACAAGAUGCUUGGGGCUCGAAUAUGGCGCCCCUCCGACAAUGGAUCGAGAGAUACGAGGAAGCUGUUACGAAUCAUUACAGCCCCGAAUUGAGAGCCAGAAUAUCCAGCAUCAAAGUUAACGGAACUCACAACGAUCUUAAACAGGGCAACAUGAACGUUGUUGCCACGGGCAAGUGUAGACUCAACGUCCAUAGCAACAAUCUUAGGUUUCUCGUGGCAACGAUGUAUCUGCCGCCCAACACGCCGGUGCUAGAGUUACGUGGAAAGUACAUGCUCAGCACGCAGCACAGGCCGUCUCAUCCGCAGGGUCGACAACAUGCCCAGAGGCCGGGUCCUUUUGUAUUUUUUUAUCGUUUACCACGAGACGGUACCGAAGUGUGCGUGGAUACGCGAACGUAUGGAAACGACGCGAGAUUCGUUCGUCGAAGUUGUAAACCAAACGCGGAAGUGAAGCAUUGUAUUGAGAAGGGAACGCUCCACCUUUACAUUGUAACGAGUUCGGCGAUCGAGAAGAACGUAGAAAUAACCAUUCGUCAUGAGCAACAUGAUCUAAUGCUGUCGCCAAAUCCGAACGCGACUGCGGUAAUGCCGCUUGUUUGUGCUUGCAACAAUCCGCGUUCGUGUCAGAUCGCCGCGACCGCCGGACAACUGACAACUCGACGAGGAAGCAACGGCGCCCUCGCGGAAAACGCUGACGGCCGGGAGAGGAGACGACGAGGUCGUAGAAAUACCGUUUGCGAGGACAGCGAUUCGUUGUCGACUCUGUCGUCGACGAGUAUCACGCCCACCACGAGUACAACUACGCCGCAGACGACGUCCACGGUUCAGCCGCGUCGUACAGCGACUGUUGUCACGAGCGUACCCACUCCGACGGCGACGGUAACUCGUCCGAAUCCCAAGGAAGAAGUCGUGCCGGUUCCGCAGCAACGGCAAGCUUCACCCUUGAGAACAGCGACGACGCAAGCACCCCAAACGCAACAGCAGCAACAACCUCAACCACAACAGCAAACGCAGCAACCGGUGACGCAGCAACAACCUCAACCAGCUCCGCAGGAACCAACACCCGCGACUCCAACGGUCACAACUCCCGCCGUCGUAACACCGAGCCAACCUCCUCAAGAAUCUAAAAAGGACAAGAAAAAAAUGACUCGCGAGGAACGCAAGAUGGAAGCUAUCAUGAAAGCUUUCGAGAGGAUGGAAAAAGCUGAGCAGAGAAAGCAAGAAGUACAGGCGAGAAACGCUCAGCGCAAAGAAUCCGGUGGUACGCACAGUGACAACGACGAACGCGAGAGUGUUUUGCAUCACGUUGCUAAAUCGAAGCACACCAUCGAACGACCCAUCCGUCGAAAGCGGCGGAAGGGUAGAGCGAGAACCACCAGCAGCUCACACUCCCAAAACAGCAAUCGGAGAACCCGCUUGAAUUCGGCCGAUUCGGACCUCUCCUCCGGCGAAGAAAGCUCCACUAUGCAAUCCCCACCGUCAUCCAGUCAACACAUGUGCUUACCGACUCGGGAUACAUCCUCCUAUUCACCCCGGUUGUUGCACACCCCCACCAAGGAUUCCGACAACGACCCUCUCGCUCGCGAUAGCAAUCAAACCAUACCGACCGCCGCCGGACUUUUGCUCGCUCUCGCCAAUUCCUCCGCGGUCCCUGGACCCAGUUCACCGACUCUCCAACAAGUCGCUCCCAUCAAGAGUCCAACCUGCGACAGUGGCGCGAGUAGCAGCUCCCAAAGCUCAACUCCGUCCACGCCACUCUCCUCGGCUUGCCUCCUCGUCGCAGCCGCCGUUGGACCUCUCGCUCCGGGCUUCAAAUUUCCAAAAACUAAAAAAGUACUCAUGAACGAGUGGCUCAAGGAAUCGCCCGACCCUCCCCAAGCCCAUGCCCAAACAUCCGGCGUCUCUUCGCCUCCGGCCACUAUUCAGAACACCAACGCUUCUACCCUCGCCAACAAUCCCGCCGCGACAAAACCAACCGACUUUUUGUCUCCCACCGAUCCAUCCUCGGAGUUUUUGACACAAAGUUACGCCGCCAAGGGACUGGCUACUCUCGUUCAAGCCGCUAAUUCCGUUUCCGGUAUUAUCGAUUCACCUCCUCAACGGAAACAAACCGCUAACACAAACUCCGCUUGUCCUGUUUCUUCCGGAUCCGCUAAGAAGCGGUGGCUCCGUCAAGCCAUCUCCGAAGAAUGCGACUCGCCCAACAGCAGGCCUGAAAGUCCUCCCAAUGAAAUUGUCGCUGCUCCGCCCAAAAAACGACGCAUCGCCAGGGAAAGCUUGUCCUCCGAUAAUUAUACUCCACCAACUACACCGACGCUUCUCGCUCCAGACUCUACGAACGCGAACUCGACCCUCUCCAAUAACGAGCAUGAUUUCAUCGAUCAUCCACAAUCGCCAGUUUCGGUGGAAGGAAGAGUCCGCAUGGACUUUGAGUCCGAAUCGAUAAAGGAGGAGACAAAUUUCGAAUCGGAAAAAAUGAUUUUUUCGGAGAACAAGACAAAGUCGCGGAUAACGACGGUCGAGGCGGUCGUGGUGAAGAAAGAAAUCGAUACGGAAAUUCGAGAAACAAAAUCGACAGUCGCAACAGUAAAAGUCGAGACCGAGGAGAUGAUGAAGGUAGAUUCAAAAAAUUUGUUAAAAACGGAGCCGAUGGAUACGAAGGAAGGAUUGGAUGUGAAAUCGUCGGUUGUUAUUAAAACAGAGACAAAAGUAUCGUUAAAGCGAGAGCACGAGCCCGACGAAAUGCCCGUGAAAUCUGAAAAUUCGUUCAUCACGAGUGUCAAACGAAAACCGUUGAUAAAAAGAGAAACGAGAUCACCGGAAAUUGAAAAAGGAACGGUGGAGAUCAUCGAUCAGAACGAGCCGGACACAGAAAUGGAAGAUCUCAGUUCGCCGAUCGCUGCGAUGGAAUCCGACGCUGAGCUGAAGCAACGAGUCGCCGAAAUGAGGCUCGAGUUCGGUGGCAGUGUCGCCGAGAUUGUCAGCAUAGCCAGUGAGAAUGAGAAAUCGGACGACGACGCUCGAGAGCCAACGAUUUACGAGCGAUCGCAAGACGUUCGUUCGGAAGAUAAUGCAUCGAUCGACGAGUUUGACGUCGAGGCGCAGAUGAAAAAAAUCACGGGUGACGAUGGAAACGACUACAAGGAAAAAAUUGACACGAGCUCGGAGCGUGACAAUAAAAGCAUGGACGGGAUCGAGGGUCUGAUGGAAAGUUCGAAAGAAGAUUCGGACUCGGACGAUCAUGACAUCGAGGACCUCAAGUACAACGAAGCGUCGCCGAAGUUCCGUGCUUUCGAGGAAAGUUUACCGGUGGAAGAACGUAGAUUCAAGGAAUUCGAGAGUACUCGAGAACCCAAAGACGCGCCUGACGACGCGACCGUUGACGACUCGUUUGGAACAGCGACGAAAGUUGAACCCAUCAAACCGGAAGUCAGUCAAACUGUUUCUUUAGGAUCUUCCGAAGAAUCAAUGUUCGACUCGGUCUCUUCGAGCAUGGACAUGGCGAUGGAAAACGUCGCUUCUGCCGAUGAUCCCAAGAUUUUUCAAUCGAUUCCACCACUCAGCGAGCGUAUAAGAAAAAAACCCGAGUCCACGGGCAUGUCGAAGAAACAACUUGAGCUCGUUGAAGCCGCCAUAAUCGAAUCGACGAUCGAUCUUGAAUCGAGUGAAAUAUCGGAAAAUGGCGAUGACAAAAGCAUCAUGUCAACCGCACUCAGGAAUCUACUCGGAUCUAAAAUCGACGAUGACACGACGCCCAAAUUGACCAACGAAAACGAUCUUACAGAAAGCAUCAAUCCUCCGCCCUUGUGCGACAGACUCGAGGAAUUUAUAGUCGCUAGUGCACCUGAUACCACCAUCAUACACGUCCCAAAUGACAAACCAGUCGCAGACAACCCCACGAAAGAAGAAGAAAUUCCGCAACCUGAAAUUCGAAGACUUAAAGAUCCGAGAACAGUUGUGCCUAACGAGAUGCCAGCGCCACCUCCUUUCAAACCAGACGUUCCAACCCCAGUCAAGCGCAAGGUUAGAACGCUCUCCAUAUCGGAAUACAGAAAAAGGAAGCAACAAUCGUCCGGUACACCACCAGAGCCUGAGCCCUCGAACGAUCCUUCGUCCUCGGAGAAGAGUGCGUCUCGCGGAAGAUCCGAUAGCGCUAGCAGCGGCACAUCGUCGUUGAGUUCAGACGAAGAAAUUUCGAAAGCAGCCCUUGAUUUGCCCAGUUUAACGACGCUCCCCCUAUUUGCUAACAACGAGGCCGAAGAACGCAAAGGUGGUGAAGAAGGCACCAUCGGUUGGUCGGCCGCCCCAACCCUCGUCGAAAGACAACGCGAAAAUCUUACCGAGAGAUUGAAACGGGAGUUUGGUCUGUUUCUCAGCGACGAUGAGGAGGAACGAGCGCGAAAACAAGGUUUGACGGCCGAGGCUAUAUUAAAAGCUCGUAAAGCUGGAUCGCCCCCGCAGCCUGUGAUACCGGGAGUUUUGUCGGCGUAUCCAUUGCCUCAGUUGCCACCACAGCCUUACAUACCACCGCCGGGGUCGGCAGCAGUCCAUUAUCCUCAAUUCCCAGGGAAAUCGUGUCCGGUGCCGUUCCAAACAUUUGCGGUACCUCAAAGUUUACCGCCACCGGUAUUUCCGGCAGGAGCGCAAGCGACGACGGCGGCGGUGGCGACAGCGGGGGCAGCGGCGGCAACAGCGACGACCGGUACUCCGAUACCGGCGACACCACAGUUUUUGGUACCUCAAGCACCGCCAGGCUCGAAUCCAUAUCCGCCACAGUUUCCAACGACAACGGCUCUUCCAACGACAACAACAAUGACGACGACUUUGACGUUACCACCUCCGCCGCCUCCGCCACCACUGCCGCCGCCUCCUUUACCUCCAGUUGCAUCACGUGGCUUUUCCACCGUAGCUCCAACAACCUCAACAACAUCACAAAUAUACAACGCUACGAGUCAGCAAUCCACUAAAACAUACUUCAGCCAUCCACCACCUGCCCCAAGGUCGUAACUGUCGUUGCAGGUAGUAAUGAUUACGAAGUUAUUUAAAUUAUAUGCAAAGUUGAAAGAAUUAUGAGACAGCAUAAGAACAAAAGAGAGAAAGAAAAUGGUAGCUAAUCGUUUUUUCGUUAUAACCGUCGGUCGUCACUUUGCUUCGUCGUUGAAUCGUCAAUGAAUUUGUCAAAGUCCAGCGAAGAAGCAAACUUAUAAAAUCGAUCGACAGAAUUUCACGUGACAAUUCGAUAGAGAGGAUGAAAAAUAUGAAAAUUCGUCUCAACGUUUACGGUUCAACUGUUUCAACGUUUUAUUUUUAUUACCAUAAUUUUUGGCUCGGCCUAACAUUUCACGUUGGAUUUCUCCGUUUUUUUUAGAAGUUUUCUUCUCCUUUAGUGACGAAGUGAAAAAUAUCCAUUUGGAAAGUUGUACGUUCUUGUAAAUUCGUUGAAAAACGAUAUGUCAUUGCAAGGCGAGUCCAUUGAAAGCCGCGAUAGUUGAUUAUUCGUUGAAUAUUUACCUUCGUCACAAUCGAACAAACCAUUGCAGUAAUCCAAUACUUUUUUCGUUUUUGUUAACUUUCAAUAUUCCUUAAAUAACCUUUCGAUGCUUGCUCGGUUAUAUUGUGUUUCUUCAACGAAACUAGGCUGAAAGAAAAAAAAUAUAAUAAUCAGAGCCAAGUUCCACAUAACUCGCGUUUGGAUCUCUGGAGGAGAAAACAGAAAGCGACAACGAGCAACUUUUAUCACUAUCGCUAUUCAAUUAUCGUGUCCGAUAUUUCAAGUCGUGCACGCUCACACACUCUUGACGUUAUCUAUCGAAUUACGUGUAUAUAUUGAAAUAAUAUCCUUUGCAUAUAUUGUCAUGAUAAGACAUCAAAUUAUAUAUUUAAACGGUAGUUACAAUUGUAGAUUCGAUACACGUAGAACUUAUUAUCGAGAUUCAGAUACGAAUGCGUGCGAGCGGUAUUGCCAUCGCAUUCGCUCAAACAAAAAAUAAUUAAUAAAAAAAUACGAAGAAAGAAGGAAUAGCAUUACGAGAACAAUGAGCAGAACAAGUAAACCGAUUGAGCAGCGAAACGUGCCCAAGAAUUCUCCAUAUAUAUUUUAUAUUUCAUUGUAAAAACCCAGAUUAUUAGUUAUUAAUAAAUGGUACAUGUUCAAUAUUCAUUCUAUGGGUUUUCCAUUGGAAAUUUAUCGAGUGCUACAUUUUUUGAGCACGCUGCACAAUUCACGGUGGUUUAUCAAAUACAUACACACACACACAUAUAUAUAUAUACACAUGCAGUCACUCUCAAACGAAAUGCAUCGCUUCCGAUUGCGUUUUACUGCAGCGUGAUGCGUUUCAUUUUUACGUGACUGUAAAUGUAAUAUAUUCGUGUAUAGAUGCAUAGAAAUAUUGUAUUGACUACAAAAAAUUCGAUGAACUUCUUUGUGAUCUUCGAUUAACUUCCUCUUAUUUUAUUUUUUUCUUUUUUUUUUCUCCAUUCUUUUGCCGUUUUCGAAGAUCGAAAGACGCUCGUCGCGAUAUGUAAACACGGUGUACAAAGUAUUUCUCGGAGACUUGGCUAACACGAAUUUUUUGUACGAAUUUUUGACCAGUCGAUCCUUAUAGACUAACAUAAGCAUUUUUUUCUCUUGCUUUUCACUCGUACGAAUAUUCCUUUUUUUUUCUUUUCUUUUAUUCCUGUUAAGACUUGCCACCCGCAAUUAAUAAUUGAAUAAAGUAACGCGAAUCAUUUCUUGGAAAUGUCAGUGUUGAGAAUGCAUUAACGUAAAAGAUCAUUCGAAAAUGAAUUAAAGCUAAUUUGACUCGAGUUAAGCAAUUAAUUUAAUGAUUCCUUUUCGUUUUCAUUAGGAAAAGAAGGGAGAUUAAAUUUGUUAAUUAGUUUUUUUUGUAUAGCUUAUAGUCGAAAGAUGUUGAUGUAUAUUUUUUCAAUGUGUGAAGCGGCGUUGAGAUUGGGAGAUUUUCGAAUACAGAAAAAUAAUGAAAUGACUUACUAAGAAGGAAAAGAAGAAAGGAAGAAGAAAAAAAAAAGAAAAAUACACAUAUAAGAAGAGAAAUUUAUUUCGAAAUUUCGUACGAAAUUGGCGAAGUAGCCCGGCGUCAUUCAACAUUCGUGCGCAAGUACAAAAACCGAUUUUUCAGCCAAUAAAAAUAAGUAAAGAAAUUACAAAAAUAGACAAAAAAAAAGAAAACAGAGAAUGAACACGCAAAAAUAAGUAACAGAAAUCAGUAGAUAAAAAAGCGGACUGCGAUAAUCAAGUGCGGCGGGGAUAAAUUGUGACAUGGUUUGGGAGAAUUUACGAAAAGAUACGCAGAUUUUUCUUCCCCCUUUUUCUCACCAACUGUCUUUUAACCAAAUCAAAACUAAACGAUUGUCCAAUUUGUUUUUCCGUAUUAUUCUUCAAUCGAAUAUAAUAAAUAAACGAAAUGUGCAAGUUUAUCCCGUCUUAAUAAAUCACCCGGUAAAAAAGUGAUCUGAAAACUCAUUGACACUCUAAUCAUAAAAAGAGACGAAAAAUGGUUGAGAAAAUAAGUGUCGCAAGAUGCUCAACGCAAAGGUCAUGUCACCCAGUGCAUAAUGGUUGUAUCGAUUAGAUAGAUAGGUUAAAAAAUUAGUGCGCAAAGCUUCGUAGUAUAAUUAAUGAAUAAAAUGUGAAAGAAAAUGCGACGAGGAAUAAGAUAGAACAAUGUAAAUGUGUAAAUAAUUUAAGUUAAUAAUUGUUAUGAAAUUUUGUCUUCGAAGGUUGGAAUGAAAUGACGAUGAAAACAUUCGUCAUAAUUCGGCACACUUUUCGAAUCGUCGAAACACGAAAAAUCAAACUCGCUCGGAACAAAAUAGAAACUCUUUAGAGUGCGAUCUUGCUUCCUCGAUUCGAAAAAGCCAUUUCUAUUUUCAAAAUAAAAACCUCUCGAGAUGGAUCUUUCGUCAGGUAUAGGAUUCGCGAGAUUUCGUACGUUCCGUUAUGUUUGCCUUGGUUCCUCGCUAUAAAAUCGUUCGAAACGCGCGCCGAAUGAAAUGAAAAUGUUAGGUAUAAUUCGACAUUUAGCUGCUACCUUUAACUUAGCAAUAGAUUAUACAUUUCACUAUAUUUUUGAGCUGGAAAUAUCAAGAAAAAUAAUCAUAACAACAAACAAUAGCAUCGAUCGUGAAACUAACAACGGCUAUAACGUUGCGUACUUCGCAGGUCCUAAAAAUUCAUAAAAUCGGUUGAAAAUGAAUGCACGAACGAAGGGAAAACGAAGGUGGUCGAAUAUCAGCUCGCUUUUAUUUUCUUUCUUAAUUUUGUCUUAUCUUCGAUGAACGUUGUGGGAGGGAGAGAGAAAGAAGUUGAAUUUCAACGAGUAUUUUAAAAUCGAGUAAUGUACAUCGAUGCUGCUGCUGCAGGAUAUUAUUAACAGAAUAAAAUCUAUGUAACAAAUCUCCAUCGUUCUUAUGCACGUUUAAGCGUUUUUUCGAAGUAUACAUUGUAUGAAAUUAAUCAACUGGCUGGAAAUAUUAACAGCACACAAUCACGAACGCUCCACACAGAAAACACGACUGCAAACAAUGUAUAAAACAAAACAAAAAAAACACACACACACACACAAUGUCAAUAUAAAACGUGAAACGAAAGAGGAAUAAAGUAACAGAUCAAAAAAUGGCGAGACGUGUGAAUGAUCGAGUAUUUCGAGUGCCUGUUGAAAUGUCCAUCGAUGUAAACGGCGAUGAAAAUUAUUUCGCAACGAAUUUUCAUAGGGAUGAAAAGAAGAAAAAGAUUAAGGAUCAAAGUUUUUUAAAAAAACUGAUGAAUGUUACGAUAGCGAAUUUUAAAACACGUGCUUACUAAUCUCGUGUAAAUAGUAAUCGUCAUGUAUUAUAAACCCUCAAUAAUUAUUCCCUUCGAUUUCUUAUGUUUUUCUACUUUUUGUUUUAUUAUCCGUGAUGGUAGAAUUUCUCGUUAUAGGACAAAGAAAGGAUAAAUUUUCGAGUCAUUCUUUGUUCAGAGAGUUGUUGGUGUAAGAGCCACGUUUGAGGAGCUCGAAAAGCUCGUUUUCUGUGACAAUGAGGGAGUACUACACUGAAUGUGAUAAAUGCAUUCAGAAGCAUCACAGGAUUCCUUAUCACCGAGAAAGUAAGAGGAACGAAUUCCAUAAAUCUUACCCCGAGCACAUAAAGCAUUUUCAUUUUCAAUAAUUCGGCGACGGAAUCGUGGUUAUAAAUAAAAUUUACAAGAAAAAAGAAAUUACGGUCGUUCCCUCGACGAAAAAACAGCGAUAAGGUUGUGUGUUUAUCAAGAAUGAAAGAAAAUGAGAGCGAUAAGCUUUGCAAGGUUUUAGCGACGAGCAACGAGCGUUCGUAUCUCGAGCUCACGUACGGACAAAAACCUUGAAAUUUUGUUUGUUCCUUUACAACCAUAAUUUCGCGUUGUCUCUCACAGGGGAGCAAAAAAUAAAAUGUCCGUUUAACAGACCUACGUGCAGGCAUAAUCUUCUAUUCUUAAAUAGAAACGGCGCUAACGAUUUAAAGAAAACUCUUGUAAAUACACAUUUUCUGUAGAUAUGAAACGUUCUAAAUUCAACUAAACAUUGUCUCUCUACAAAGGGGUGUAAGCUCGACUAAACACUAACUACAAGAAAACAAACGAAAAAUUAAUCCACAAAAACACGAGUGAUAAAAAACAACAACAACAACAACAACAACAGCAAUAACAAACAAAAAACAAAGCAUUGAAUUUACCUAUAAAGUAUUGGGCAAAACGAACAAUGGUGCGACAUUGCCUUUCGCUUGUGUCCCAACUUAUGAUCUGUUGUACAAUUUUUUUCUUCUAAUUAGUGCUGCUCCUGCUACUGCUGCUACUGCUGCAACGUGGUUAAAUUAAUGAAAUUAUCAAAAAAUUAUGAAAAGAAGAGAAAUAAGGGCUGCAGAUAAGUGUCGGGGAGAGGGCGGGGGGGAUUAAUAGCUUUAUCGUAAAAUAUAUAUAACAAUCUUAUAAAUAAACGUUUCGAUGUUGUAAAUAAGACAGACCAUAGCUAUCAUUCGAAAAAUAUGUAUACGUAUAAAUGCAUUCAUUUAUACGUAUAUGUAUUUAUUAAUAUCUAUUAAACAUAUAAAUAUUAUAUAUAUGGAUUAUAAUAUUAUAAUUCAUAUAUCUAAUAUAAUAUAUAAAUAAAUAUAUAAAUAUAUACAUUCAAACUUUGAAUUAGCACCAGAUCACAUAAUUUUUUAUUUGCAAUUCGCUGUUCUAUAAAUGUACGUGCCCUUAGACAUUAGAAACAAAAAAACAAAAAAAAAAACAACAACAACAACAACAAAUCUUACACCACUUACAUAUGUGUUAUAAUGUAUAAUAAAAUAUAAUUCGUACCACUAAUUGAAACCGAGCGAAAUAAUAAUAAAUGAUUAUAAAUAAAAUAAACGAAUAAAUGUAACGAGUUCUUCGAUAUCGAGCGCGUUAUUACGAUAUAUCAUUUGUGUAUCAACGAGGUACGAAGAAAUAUGUCGUGUAAAGAGCUCAUAUUUAGGCGUAUAUGAACUUUAAUAAAUCGGAAUACAUUUUACGAAUGAAACAAA